AUGACAGUGGCCAUGAGGAUCAGCUUCGAUGAUUGCGCAAUCAAGUUCAGCAACAACGCCACGCUGCAGCAUCUAUACGGCUAUCAUGGACCUCUAGUCGGCAUCAAGUAUAACCAGACGACGCAAAUCACUCGCGCGGGUUGCCUUGCAGUUUGUGGUACUGGGACUGAUUACUACACGUGGAAUGAUGUCUCGAGCACUCUGACCACAUGGAUCCUACCGGUCGUCGGCACCAUGCUUCAAGCACCUUUCGAGAGUAACUCCACCAGACGGACGCUUCUAGCUCUCGCGCGGUGGAUCGGCUCGCCAAUCGCAUCACUCUCAUAUGUGCUGUGGAACAUCAAAGUCUCGGCAAAGGCAGCCCUGAUGGUCGACAUGGCUGUAAAGUACGAUGAAACGCCGGAUCGCAAAACCGACUUUGGCAGCAUGCGGGAUUCAAUGUAUCUACUUUUGGUGAUGAAUCAGUACGCGCUGAAACCCGAUGUUGUGCAGUAUAGCAAGAAGGAGGCCGAGUGUCUGUUGCGCAUCGCCUUGUUCAGCAGAGAUCUGGAGUUGACCGACACGAACAAGUCGCUGCGAGUCAUGCGGCGCAUUCUGGCUCGUGAACUUCGUGAGAUGAGAAGGAGAGGAGCUGUGCCAGGUGAACACUCGUCUUUUGGUCUGUCACUCUCGUCACCCUCAGCUAACACGUACACAGUCUUCGUAUCGAUCGGGUGGUUCUUGUUUGCCUUUGCGUUGUCGGUCGAAGGCGCCUUCAACAACCUUGGCCAGAACACAACUGCCCACGAUCUUGCUCUGGGUUGUCUGCUCGCCUGGUUCCCCAUACUCAUCAUGUGCUCGGUCGUUGACCGCAAUCCGAUCGCCGCCGAAGCUAUUCGAAAGAAGCUGAAUGCAUUAGUUGAUCACGUCCGAAACGCCUUGCACAAUGAGGAGCAUCGCAAUCACUUCAUGGAGACGUUUCGAGACCACCCCGAAUUUGAAAAACUCAAGAUCAGGGUUGACGACAUUGCCAACGCUGAAGAGAAUGCAUAUGAGUUCUUUGAGGACUUUGCUGGUCAAGCACGAGUACGUUGGCAUUAUGGCGCGGCACAUCCCAUCCUCUCUGACAUCGAAGACUGCUACAUUGCGCACAAAGGUCGAAAUUGGCUAGCCGAUGAACGCGAUGCACGCAUGAAUCUAGUUCUAGGAACGAUCAACGCCGAAGGGCUGAUGUGGUUUGACAUUCGCGAAUUCUGGCAGAUUGCGAGUGCAGUUUUGAUCGUUGCUGGCAGCUGCGGUGGCGCAUUCGCUUUGAGCUACUUUACACCGACCGUUGGCUUGGGGUGUAGGAGUGGCGGCUACACCAUAUUCUUCUGUGUUGCGCUCGGGCUCAUCAUCGUCGAGAUGACCGUGUGGUUGGCAACGUCACCUUACCAAAUGAACGUGCCGUGGCUCGAUUGGAUCACGAGACGCCUUCGUACUUACACGGUUUUCAAGACACUUGAAGACAACACGCAACAAAGAUGGUCAAAUCUGAAGCGGACGACAUCAAGUUUCUCCUUCAAGGUAGAGUCGCAAUUCAUCAGGCUGGUCGUGUGGUUUGUGCUUUUGGUGCCUACCAGAAACAGAAGAGCGAAGAGAGCCAGUGUCAAAACCAAUCUAGAAAAGGCCAUCCGACGGAUUGGAGCAUUGAGCACGCAAAAGAAGUGGGAGCGUUUCUUCUUCCGCCCCAUUGAAGUAUUUAACGCCACUUGGCUGGUCUAUAUUGUCCUCGCGCAGACUUUUGGCUGGUACAAGACAUGCGAUUGUGUCACUAGCAACUGGGCUGGCAAAGGAGGCUACCUCGACUUUUCAGUUCAGGAUACGUCAAACAGUGUAUGGGUGCUUUGGUAUUGGACCGCCGGUACUCUCAUGACUGGAUUGGUACUCUUGUUUUCCAUGUUCUACAUCACAGUUGAGUGGUGCCAGCAAUCCUUCCUCUCCACCGAAGACUACGAUGCUGCAAUGGAUGGUUUGCGCAUGACCCGCGACUAUAGGUUAUUGACAUAUUGGUUCCGAGCGAUAUUUCGCUUUGUAUCUCGUUUUACGUUCGACCCACUGGAGUCGUUAGGCGUAAAGUUGGGACUCAUCAGGUCGCGACAAAAGACUUUGGUCUGGACAAAAGGACAUACAUAUGAUCCUGAACCACGAGAACAACCUCCAAGACCCACAAGACAUGAGGCGUCACCUUCCAUAGAGCUGACCAUGUACCCCGAUACCUUUCGUCCGCGGGAGGACUCGGCCAUGCAGGAAACUCCAGCAAUGGCGCAUUCAUUGUUUCCACCUGCAAUGACAACGCGACGUCCCCCCAACGAGAGCGACGCAUCAUUCACCGAACCGACGCUUCCCAUCUACGAACAGUAUCGCACGAGCGAUGAGUCAAACAGACCACUUGUUCGACGCCCAUCGGACGUACAUCGCUCGCACGCAGCUCCAGCAGAUCGAGCUCGCGCCCGCGGUGAUGGUCGCCGCCGCAGUAGCGAGAUCACCGAAGGGCGCUCAAGCAGCGAGUACAUGUUAUUCCCAGCAUCACCACCUGCAGAUCGGCCAGUGUUCGGUGGAUGGCUUGGGCUCAGCACGGUACAAAACAGACAACGUUACCAGCGCGCAAACUCGGAUCCAGGGAACCCGCCGUUUGAGACUGGCAUAGAAGGUGAUCAAGGUGGUCUAGGUAUCAUUGUUGAUGAGCAUGUGGGUGGACAGCCUGGUCCAUGA